AUGGCGGACGCAGCGUUCAAGCCCGAGAAGGACUUCACCAAGGAGGUUGACAAACAGAUUCCCGAGGCCGAGAAGCUGGCCAAGAACGAUGUCACGGCCGCCGUCGACAAGCUCACAGUGCUCGAGAAGCAGACUCGUCAGGCAUCCGACCUUGCAUCCACGUCACGGGUGCUCAUUGCCAUCUGCAAGAUCUGCAAGGACGCCGGCAACUGGAGCCUGCUGAACGACCAGGUCCUGGUCCUGUCCAAGAAGCAUGGUCAGCUCAAGCAGGCCAUCACCAAGAUGGUCCAGACCGUCAUGACCUUCCUCGACGACACCCCUAACCUCGAUACCAAGCUCUCCGUCAUCGAGACCCUGCGAACCGUCACCGAGGGCAAGAUCUUCGUCGAGGUGGAGCGCGCCCGCGUGACCAAGAUUCUGUCCGACAUCAAGAAGCAGCAGGGCGAUCUGAAGGCCGCCGCCGACAUCCUGUGCGAACUCCAGGUCGAGACCUUUGGGUCCAUGGAGAGGCGUGAGAAGACAGAGUUCAUCCUGGCCCAAGUGGCGCUGUGCAUCGAGAACGACGACUGGACGCAGGCCGGCAUCCUCAGCCGCAAGAUCUCGACGAGAUACCUCGCGAGGAAACCGAAGAAGACCCCGGAGCAGCUGGAGAAGGAGAAGAAGGCUCGGGAAGACAAGCUGAAGCGCGGCGAGGAGGUGCCCGACGUGAAGGAGGACGACACCACCGACCUCAAGCUCCGCUACUACGAGCAGCAGAUCAUCCUGGCCAAGCACGACGGCAAGUAUCUCGACGCCUGCAAACACUAUAGGCAGGUUUUGGACACGGAGGCAGUAGAGGAGGACCCUAAGAAGCUCCUUCCUACCCUCCAGCGUAUCAUCUACUUUGUCAUUCUCGCCCCCCACGACAACGAGCAGCACGAUCUCUUACAGCGCAUCUUCCGCGAUGCGCGGAAUUCGCAGAUCGAGGAAGACGCUAGACUACUCAAGCUCUUCACCCUCCACGAGCUCAUGCGAUGGCCCGAAGUGGCCAAGAUCUUUGGCCCACGCCUGUGCUCCACAGAUAUAUUCGACAGCAAGUCAGACGUCUCGGGCGAUGACAAGGCCUACCAGCGCUGGGAGGAUCUCCGCAAGCGUGUCAUCGAACACAACGUCCGCGUGGUCGCCAAAUACUACACCCGCAUUGGCAUGAAGCGUCUCACACAGCUUCUCGACCUGACGCCCGAGGAGACGGAGAAGUACAUCUCGGAGCUGGUCUGUUCCAAGACCGUCUUCGCCCGCAUCGACCGACCGGCCCAGGUCGUGAAUUUUGCCAAGCCGCGCGACGUUGACGAUAUCCUCAACGAGUGGAGCCACAACAUGAAGGACCUGCUCGGCCUACUGGAGCGUGUUGAUCACCUGAUCACCAAGGAGGAGAUGAUGGCGCGCAUCCAACCCGGCGCUCAAGGCAAGGGUGGCAAGGAGAAGAAGGGCAAGAAGGCCAAGGCGUAA